AUGCAGUAUCGCCUCCUCUUUGCAGCCCUGGCUGCCACAAUUUCCCUCGUGCUUGCUCAGAAAGCCCCAGACUGUAAUGCCUUCGACAAAACCUGCCCGUCUAACAAGGGUACCACCAAAGGUCAUAUCAACUACGACUUGACCCAGGCUUCGGCUUUGAAUGAAUGGACAGCACUUGGUGGAGCGGUAGUCACUGGACCCGAUGGUGCAGAGUUCACGAUCCACAAGCAAGGUGAUGCCCCGACAAUCGUAACAGACUACUACAUCUUCUAUGGCGAGGUAUCCGUCGAGAUGAAGGCCUCUCCAGGUACUGGCAUUGUCAGCUCCGUUUACAUGUUGUCCGACGACAACGAUGAGAUUGACUGGGAAGCACUGGGUGGUUCUAUCGACAAAAUACAGACAGAUUAUUUCGGCAAGGGUGAUACCAGCGAGGAUUACAAUCGCUGGACCUGGCAACCUGUGAUGACCCCGCAAGAAGUGCUCCAUAAAUACACUUGGAUUUGGUCCAAGGAAAAAAUGUCAUGGGCGAUUGACGGCACCGUUGUUCGGACAGUCGACUAUGCUGAUGCGAAGGGAGGCACUCGCUUCCCACAAACACCGAUGCGCGUUCGAAUUGGUAUCUGGGCUGGAGGUGAUCCGAACAGAAUCAAGGGCACGAUCGACUGGGCUGGCGGCGAGACUGAUUUCUCCAAGGCACCGUUCACGAUGUAUGUUAAGUCGGUCGAGAUUGUCAACUACACCCCGGCGGAGAGCUAUGUCUAUCCCGACAAAUCUGGCUCUGCGGACAGUAUUGAGAUAAAUGGUGGCGUCUCCUCGGGCGAGACUUCAAGUUCGACUAGUUUCGGUACUUCAGCCACUACCGAUACUGCCUCAUUGACUUCGUCUUCUACGGUUUUAUCUACUACGGCCUCAUCUUCGGCAUCGCAAAAUGAGAUUUCUAUCUCCUCAACCGUCACUUCGAUAUCUUCCCCUAUGGAUGUUUCCUCUUCGCUCUGGUCCUCCGGGCUUUUCGGUGGUACAACCAUUUCUUCCAGUUCCGGUAACAUCCUCCCCACGACCUCGUCUGCUGAACCCAAAAGCACUGUCUUGCGUUCCAAUUCGACGUCAGCAGCGAGCUCCGUGACCACAGCUAGUUCGACGUCCAAGUCGAGCACUGGUACUGUCGGCGACGAGCUCCUUCAACUCCGCUUGUCCCCUGGUUCGGGCUAUCUCCCCCUUCUGACAUUGAUCGUAGGAUUUAUUCAGAUGAGGAAUUGGGUUCUUUCUCGGUGUUUGGGCAUAGUCCAAGGAAUAUUUGGCUCGGGUGUUUUGAUAUGGAUCCCAUAUCCAUGA